GGCCGCCAAGUAAGUUUGGAGACUGGAUCUAGAUUAAUCAUUAGGGGCUGGAUUCUGCCACCCUUACUCACUGUCAACUAGAACAGUCUCUGUAGUGCAGAACUCUCAUAAAUGUGAAGCAAACCAUCCACCAUUAUGUUUGGCACUAAAAGGUUAAAGAAAAAGUCCCAGUCUGUAGAUGUUACUGCACCAGGCUACAACCCUCUGGCAGCAGAAGCACAAGAGGCCCCACAAGCCAGUAAAUUGAUACCUGUCACUAACACAGCUGCUUCUGAAGAGGAGCAGAACAACACCACAGAUACACAAAGGCGCAAUCCACGGAGGAGUGAGCUGAAGAGAUACUACACCAUUGAUACUGGCCAGAAGAAGAACCCAGACAAGAAAGAUGGGCGACGAAUGUCUUUUCAGAAGCCUAAAGGGACUAUUGAAUAUACAGUUGAAUCAAGAGACACUCUAAACAGUAUUGCCUUGAAAUUUGAUACAACACCGAAUGAACUGGUUCAGUUAAACAAAUUUUUCUCCCGAGCAGUUGUUCCUGGACAGAUUUUAUAUGUUCCUGACCCAGAAUAUGUUUCUAGUGCAGAGAGCUCCCCAUCUCUUAGUCCCAUAAGUCCCUUGUCACCUACAUCUUCAGAAGCUGAAUUUGACAAGGCUACAGUAAGUGAUCGAGAUGGGCUCCAGCGAAAAGAGGCAGCUGCUUCACCAGCUUAUGCCUGUUUUCGUCCUGCAAGAGUGAUAUCAUCCACAUCAGAGGAGGAAGAAGCAUUUACUGAAAAAUUUCUCAAAAUUAAUUGCAAGUACAUGACUUACGGCAAGGGUGCGGUCAGUGGUGUGCUGCUAGUGACGCCAAAUAAUAUAAUGUUUGAUCCACAUAAAUCUGAUCCCAUGGUCCAAGAGAACGGCUGCGAAGAGUAUGGUAUCAUGUGUCCAAUGGAAGAAGUGAUGUCAGCUGCUCUGUAUAAAGAAAUUGUGGACAGCAAAAUAAAGGAUUCAUUACCUGUAGAUGUAGAACCAUUAUCUGUAAGGGACCUCUGCCAUUUCAAGAAAAUUACAGGAAGCAAUACAGAUGAAAUGGAUUCAAGGGUUCGGGAUACAGGGAAUGACAGUACAAGCACUGCCCCUCGGAGCACAGAGGAGUCUCUUUCGGAGGAUGUGUUCACAGAAUCGGAACUCUCUCCAAUAUGUGAGGAACUUGUUUCUUCAGAUGAGCUUCGACAAGACAAAUCUUCUGGUGCCUCAUCAGAAUCUGUCCAAACGAUAAAUCAAACUAGCGCAGAAUGUUUAACAAUAAUUUCAGACUCAACUGAUGUUCACAAGGACUUAAAAUCUAGUGUUGACCUGCCUGUAAAUGACAGUGGGUUUGUAACCCAUAUUAUGGGUUCAGAAACUGUUGAAAUGGCAAUACAGGAGGGAGAGGACACUGUAAGGGAAAAAGUUACAGAUGCCCAUCAACAAUCUUUGCAAGAUAUGCAACCCAGUAAAGAAUGUGGCACAGAUGUAGAUGUCGUACUAGAUCAGGAUUCCACACUAGAGAAAACACACAAAAGAGAGAGUGUGAUAAAGGAGGAAUGUCUACCUUGUGAAGACAUCAAAGACUCUCAAAAAAAAGAGACUAUAACCAAGGGAAAACUAGUGAAAGAAUUAACUCGAGAUUCAGACAUAGACGUUGAAGAGCUUCGUGAACUCUGGAAGAUUCACACUAUGCAACAAACCAAGCAGCAAAGAGAAAACAUGCAGCAAGAUUCACAAAAAGAAAUUAAGCAAAAAAUGGAGAUUGCAGCAGAUGGACAAGUUGAAGGUUCUGCUCCUAUGAAGGAGAAGAGAAGACAUCGAUUUCACAAAUUCUUGUGUCUCAGAGUUGGAAAACCUAUGAGAAAAACAUUUGUGUCACAAGCAAGUGCAUCAAUGCAGCAGUAUGCACAGAGAGAUAAGAAACACGAGUACUGGUUUGCUGUUCCGCAUGAAAGGACAGAACACUUGUAUGCCUUCUUUAUUCAGUGGAGCCCAGAAAUGUAUUCAGAGGAUACUGGAGAGUCUAUUAGAGAGCCUGGGUUUGUAGUGCUGAAGAAGAAUGAAGAACCUGAAACUGGUGAUUGCACUAAUGAAGCUGCUUCUAGAGAGUGGGAGAUAACAAGGGAAGACAUAAAUCCAAAGCAGGCCACAAAUAUCAAAACAGACCUGGAGCCUGAAGCAUUUCGGCCAAAUCUUAGCGAUCCUAGUGAAUUGUUGCAGUCAGACCAAAUUGAAAAGCUCACAAAGCACCUUCCUCCGCGAACUAUUGGGUAUCCAUGGACUCUUGUCUACGGCACUGCAAAGCAUGGCAUGAGCUUGAAGACAUUGUAUCGAACUAUGCUGGGGCUAGACACUCCUGUACUAAUGGUUAUCAAGGAUAGUGAUGGGCAGGUUUUUGGUGCACUAGCUUCUGAACCUUUUAAAGUGAGUGACUGCUUUUAUGGCACUGGAGAGACCUUUCUGUUUACUUUCUCUCCAGAUUUUGAGGUCUUCAAAUGGACAGGAGACAAUAUGUUUUUUAUUAAAGGAGACAUGGACUCUCUAGCUUUUGGUGGGGGAGGGGGUGAAUUUGCUCUUUGGCUUGAUGGGGAUCUCUACCACGGAAGAAGUCACUCUUGUAAAACAUUUGGGAAUCACACACUUUCUAAGAGGGAAGACUUCAUUAUCCAAGACAUUGAAAUCUGGGCUUUUGAAUAAGUGUAUAUGUGUCUCUGCAGGCUAUUGUCCCAAACCUGACAUGAAUCAGUGCAGCUCUAAAAGCCCUAGAAGCAAUAGAAUACAGUAUUUUUAUAC